CCACAAACUUUCGUCCAUGUCUACGUCACUCCCACCAAGGCGGAUACGUGACGCGUCACAGCGCCUACGUGUGGUUGUGAUGCCAUAGUCUCGCGUGAUGAGACUUGAGGCGUGGGGAUUUUCUGCGAGACAGGAGACAAGGUGCUUGCAGGGGUCUGUCUACUGGUCUCCAGUGAUGUGAAAAUGACUCAGGGGAAGAAGAAAAAACGAGUGAAUCGUAGUGUACUGCUGGCAAAGAAAAUCAUCAUUAAAGACGGGGGAUCUCCUCAGGGGAUUGGCUCUCCUAGUGUCUAUCAUGCAGUUAUUGUCAUCUUUUUGGAGUUUUUCGCCUGGGGUUUGCUGACUGCUCCAACUUUAGUGGUUUUACAUGAGACAUUUCCUAAGCAUACCUUCCUCAUGAAUGGACUCAUUCAGGGUGUCAAGGGUUUAUUGUCCUUCCUAAGUGCUCCUUUGAUAGGUGCACUAUCAGAUGUUUGGGGGAGAAAGUCCUUCCUGCUGCUAACAGUAUUUUUCACUUGUGCCCCCAUUCCACUAAUGAAAAUCAGCCCAUGGUGGUAUUUUGCGGUUAUUUCAGUGUCUGGGGUGUUUGCUGUUACAUUCUCUGUAGUCUUCGCAUAUGUAGCAGAUAUAACGGAGGAGCAUGAAAGAAGUAUGGCAUAUGGUCUGGUUUCUGCAACGUUUGCUGCUAGUUUAGUCACAAGCCCAGCUAUUGGCGCUUACCUGGGCCAUGUAUAUGGGGACAACCUUGUGGUGCUUCUGGCCACCGCCAUUGCACUGCUCGACAUCUGCUUUAUCCUGGUGGCUGUUCCCGAGUCGCUUCCUGAAAAGAUGCGGCCAGCAUCCUGGGGAGCUCCAAUUUCUUGGGAGCAAGCAGACCCUUUUGCGUCUUUGAAGAAAGUAGGACAAGAUUCCAUUGUACUGCUUAUAUGUAUCACAGUAUUCCUCUCCUACCUCCCUGAAGCCGGGCAGUAUUCCAGUUUUUUUCUGUACCUUAGACAGAUCAUGGAUUUUUCACCAGAAAGUGUUGCAGCCUUUAUAGCUGUCUUGGGGAUCCUUUCCAUCAUUGCUCAGACCGUUGUUUUGAGCUUACUAAUGAGGUCAAUAGGAAACAAGAACACAAUUCUCCUGGGCCUUGGCUUCCAGAUAUUGCAGCUGGCCUGGUAUGGCUUUGGAUCCGAGCCAUGGAUGAUGUGGGCGGCUGGAGCAGUGGCUGCAAUGUCCAGUAUAACAUUUCCUGCAGUGAGUGCUUUGGUUUCCCGAACGGCAGAUGCUGACAAGCAAGGUGUCGUUCAGGGGAUGAUCACAGGCAUUCGUGGACUUUGCAAUGGGCUUGGACCUGCCCUCUAUGGCUUUAUAUUUUAUAUCUUUCAUGUGGAAUUGAAUGAGUUGCCUAUUACAGAAACAGAACAUGAGGGGAAGAUGCCAGUCCACAAAUUAGAGCAGAAUUCCAUAAUCCCAGGGCCUCCUUUCCUCUUUGGGGCUUGUUCUGUGCUGCUGGCUUUGCUUGUAGCAUUAUUUAUUCCUGAACAUACCAAUCUGAAUAUUCGUUCCGGCAGUUGGAAAAAGCAUGGAGCAGGGCACAGCCCCCCAGCACAAGGUGAAGGCAAGGAACCUCUUUUACAGGACACAAAUGUAUGAUGGUGCUUGAGACUGAUGUUUGCUGCUGUACAUUUGCAUUCCAUUCACUACUGUACUGGGGUAUCGGCUGGAUUCUUUUUCUCAGCUGCUGGACAUGGGACCCAUUCAACUUAACAGCAGGACCAGCCUCCAACUCUAUAACAAUGGAACCAGCCUUCUCAGUGAUGUACCAAUCCUGCUUGUUAACUGGCUUGUUAAAGCCUUGACCCAACAAAGCUGGUGUAUUGGUGGCUAUAACCGUAUCUAGUCACUUAGACCAAUAGAGUACUACAAGCCUGCAACUUAGAAUGGUACAAGCACUUGUCUUUUUUUUGCUGAAUUGUCUGGACAAAUUGCGAGGUUUAACCUCAGAAAAUAUUCAUUUUUAUAUAGACAAAGCCAAAGUAUUUUAUUAUUAUGUAAUUUAAUAGCAGCCGCUUUGCUCCUUUUUGACAGUUGUGUAAGCAUUUUGUCUGCUGCUAAACUACUAGGUAAUUAGUGCAGCUCUUUUACUUGUUUACAGAAAUGAUGGGGUUUUUUUAACAGUUAAUAUGGAGAAGUGGUAGCCAGGGAGGUCUUUUCUCUCUCGCUGCCGCUUUAUAAAGGCAUGAAUUUCUGGUGCUGCCCAUUUCCUUUCAUCAGUCUGAGCUCUAACUGACAACAUACAGGACAUACGAUUUGAAGCCUUAAUAGUGAGUGCAUAGUACAUGAAGGAUUUAGUUUGUGCUGUGCAUUGAGAUGCAACGUUCCCAUAUAUUGAUACAAACACCUCUGCAUUAAUAACUGUAUAACAGGAAUUAAUAAUGCUACAGAAGUCCAACUAAACUUCAACUGUAACUCCCAGAAUUCCUUCCCAGCCAAAUGCGAGGAUCCUGUUGGUUUGACAUCCCAUCUCUAUCUUGUAAGUUUGCGUUUCUUAAAGGCAACAUCAUUUCCCAGCUAAACACAAAGGUUCCUGGCAAAAACAAGGUUUGUUCAGCCUCCAUUCAUCUUAUAUCGCCAACAUCAACCUCAUGUUUAUUGAAUACCACUAUAUUCUGGACACUCAGUUCCCAAAACUUGAAUACACAGCACACAACGCUAAACCAAGCGCCUUGGAACUGCCUGUGCAUUUAUUGGUGGCCUUUCGCUGUACAUUCGAUUUUUGAAGUUUCAGUUUCCCCAGAAAGCUUUAUAAAACAACCGAUAGUGAAUUUCUCUUCUAAAAAGUAUAUUUGUGUAUAUUUUUGGUUGGUUAUUUAAAGUGUUUCUUUGUAUAAAGUGUUGUUUAACUUAACAUUAUCAAUUUUUUUUUUCCUAUUUGCCUGAACAUUCCUCAUUGGCUCAGAUCUGAAUGAUGUAAAUUUAUGAAUAAACCUAAAUAUUUUUAUAUUGA